UUGUUACGUUCAUUCGUCAGAGCCAUUAAGUGGAAAACUCGGGGCAGGAAGGUAGAAGUCUUGUGAUCGAAUUUUUGGCGACUUCAGCUUCAGCGGAAAUCCAAGACCCUUCACCACGAUGCCGAUCUGUGGACCGAAACUGUCACUGUGUGGCUUGAUCAUUUCAGUCUGGGGUAUCAUCCAGCUGCUGCUGAUGGGAGUUUUCUACUACAUCCAUAGUGUGGCCCUGAUUGAGGAUCUUCCGUUGCAGGAACACUACCCAACUCCGAAGGAAUUCUACGCUGCUGCUGAUCUUGCUUACAGUCAGAACGCCUACAACUGCUGGAUUGCAGCUUGCCUCUACGUUCUGACUCUGGUCAUUUCCGGCCAGCAAUUCUAUGCCAACAGCCGCUCGACUGUGGCCUAAGCUAAUGUACUAAAACAACAUCGUCCCUUGUACAUUAUGUUCAAAUUUAACAGUCUCGUUUUAAGUUUAGCCGUGAUGAACUUACAUUGUUUCAAUCGUAAAUAUUAAUUUUGAACACAUUGAUCAAUCAUUGUCCCGCGCAGAAGUAUUCCAAACUUUUCAAAUCAUUGCCAUUCCUUGAUACGUGAAAACUGUUUAGAAAAAGAAACCAUUCAAAUUGUGCUUAACAGUUUUCCUAACAUCUGUUGUAUAUGUAAUCCAAUGCAAAAUGUAGAUGAAAUAAAAUAAAUAUGAAACCUGAA